AUGGUCAACCUCAAGCCUGGCGGUGUCAAGCACCUCGUGCAGUCCAAUGUCGAGGAGAACAUCGAUAUUGCGCGCGCCGAGGCGCCCAAGUUCGAGCGCGUCACCUGGUACAAGGAGCCGCAUCUGCGCAAGCUCUACUUCCUUAGCAUCUUCCUGCUCAUCGGAUCCGCCACCACCGGUUUCGAUGGCAUGCUGCAGAACACGUCGCAGCAGAUGGAUUACUGGAAGAAGUACUUCCCCGAGUACGCCGACGCCAACAAGCUCGGCAUCCUCAUCAACAUGUACAAUAUUGGCUCCAUCAUCUCGUACCUGUUUUCGCCGUACAUGGCCGAUAUUCUGGGACGCAAGCCGACCAUCAUGGCCGGCUGCAUCAUCAUGAUUGCCGGUUCCUGCAUCACUGCCUUUGCCAAGAACUACGGAAUGUACAUUGGUGGGCGUUUUGUCCUCGGCUUUGGCAACUCCCUUUCGCAAAUCUGCUCCCCUAUGCUUCUGACCGAGAUCUGCCACCCGCAACACCGUGGUCCUCUGACGACUGUGUAUAACUGCCUCUGGAACCUUGGCUCACUGCUCGUGUCCGUCAUUGGUUGGGGUACCGCCUCCAUCCCCAGCGACUGGUCGUGGCGCUCCAUCACCUUCCUCCAGGCCGGCCCGUCACUCAUCCAGCUGGCUGGCAUCUGGUGGGUGCCCGAGUCCCCUCGCUUCCUUGUGCACAAGGACCGAUCCGACGAGGCCCUUGCCAUGCUUGUCAAGCACCACGGAGGCGGCGACCCGAACAACGCGACCGUGCUGUUCGAGUACCGCGAGAUCAAGCAGACCAUCGAGACGGACCGCAACAACAAGACGGCGACCAGCUAUCUCGACUUCUUCAAGACCAAGGGCAACAGGUGGAGGCUCGCGAUCGUCAUUUCGCUCGGUAUCAUCUCGCAGUACUCUGGCAACGCCCUGUUCUCCAACUACAUCGACAUCAUUUAUGAGGGUGCGGGUAUCAAGGAGCAGAACAAGAAACUGGCUUUGACUGCCGGCAAAACCAUCAUGGACCUUCUCAUUUCCUGCGGAGCUGCUCUGCUUGUCGACAAGGUCGGCCGCCGACCGCUUUUCAUGACGGCCAUUUCCGGCAUGGUGGUCGCUUUCGUCUGCUGGACCAUUACUGGCGCGGUGUACGAAAAGUCCGGCCACACGAUCGCCGACGGCACGACGGUCUACACCAACCAGGGAUCCGGAUAUGCCCAGAUUGCGUUUGUCUGGCUCUUUGGCGUCUUCUACGACAUUGGUUUCUCGGGCCUGCUGGUUGCAUACGCGCUCGAGAUUCUCCCCUUCCACAUGCGUGCUAAGGGUCUUGUCAUCCUCAACAUCACGGUCCAGGCCGUGCUCGCCGUUGGAAACCAAACCAACAAGCUCGCGUGGGAGAACCUGCCCAACCACUGGAACUUUAUGCUGUUCUACACGCUCUGGGAUUUCUGCGAGCUCAUCUUCGUGUACUUCUUCUACAUCGAGACCAAGGGCCCGACCUUGGAGGAGAUUGCGCGCAUCUUCGACGGCGACGAGGCAGUGCCGCACAUCAACCUCGAGCAGGUGGAGAAGGAGGCACACCUCACGGCCCUCCACGAGGAGGAGGUCACGGAGAAGAAGGCUUGA